UAAAUUCGGAGAUCAAUGUAUCAAAGUGAAACCAUUGAUUCAUCGAUUGUGAUUGUUUAUAUUUUCAUUUAUUUUUCAUUUGUGUUCAUUUGUUUGUUUUGUGAUUUUUUUCAAUUUUCAUUUUUUCCUUUUUCUAUUUGAUUAAUUUUCUAAGAUUUCUAUUGGAAACUGGUGACUCUCUUUUUUCCUUCUUCUCUCUUCCUUUUUCUCUUUCUUUCUUACUUUGGGUUUUCUUAUUCUCUCAAUGGAAUCAAAAUUAUGUCAUCAUGUUGAUUUUUGGUUUUCACUUGAGACUUUGAUUAAUUUGGUUCCUGAUUAGUUUUUAUUCACCGAUAUUCAUCAAUUCAGCCUGGAACAGUUGGUGAUUAUUAUUACCUUUUUAUACUUAAAUAUUGACAAGCAAACUAUCAAAUUUAAAUAGUGUUCAGAUUAUGAAAGUUUCCAAAGAAUUAAAAAAAUCAUCAUGAUUUAAAUCUCAUCAUCAUUUCUAUUCCAAUACAAUCAAGGUUUCCUUCCGUAAGAAAAUUAAAAAUGUCCACAAAAACUAAUUUAACUGACCAAUUGAAUUUCCUACGAAACCAAUAUGAUGCCCUUUGGUUAACUUUCCAUAACUACGAAUGUAAUCAAUUUAAACGAUCACUUAAACGUAAUCCAAAACAAAUAAGAGCUGAUGUAUUCAAAGAACCAUCAAUUCAGGAACUUAUUGAAAAAGAUCCUGAAAUCAAGAAAAAGAUUGACAAGAUUUUGGAUGAAAUGUCACAUACAUUUACGUUAAGAUCGAUUCGUUUCAUUGGUUACUUUGUUGUGAAAAUAAUGAAAUCUAUUUACCGUCAUGCCUGGAUCGAUGAUAACAUUUCAAUUGAUCCAAUGUCCUUCUACUUUGAUCCAAAUAAUACAACAAUACCCGCAACAAUUAAUCGUCUGGUCACCGAAUCGCCGGUCGUUUAUCUCCCAACACAUCGAAGUUAUGCUGAUUUUCUUCUCUUGUCUUACAUUUGCUUCCAAAUGAAUUUACCUCUUCCUGCCAUCGCCGCGGGCAUCGAUUUCUUAUCUCUCAAACAAAUUGCAUCGCUUCUUCGUUCAUGUGGUGCCUUUUUCAUCCGUCGAUCCUUCAAAGGGUCUGAGGAUAAACUAUACCGUUCCAUUUUUCGUACCUACGUCCAAGAUAUAGUUAAAGGAGGAGAAAUGCCUCUCGAGUGUUUCAUUGAGGGAACACGUUCGAGGUCGGGAAAAUCUUUACAGCCGAAACUCGGUCUCAUUGGAACCGCUUUGAAACUAUUCUGGACCUCACAGAUUCCCGAUUUGAUUCUUGUUCCUAUUUCUAUUUGCUACGAUCGAAUCCUUGAAGAAGAUCUUUAUGCCAAAGAAUUGAGUCCCCCUCAAAUUGAUGCUUCAAGUGGUUCGAAACCCAAAGAAACGCCCAAACACUUACUAUCCGGAGCCAGAGCGAUUCUUGCACAAGAUUUUGGCUCAUUUUAUAUUCGCUUUGGAUCACCGAUUAGUUUACGAGAAUUCCCUGGUAAUCACGAUAUACGAUUAAAAUACCAGAAAAGCAAUAAAUCAUUCGAUGGUCCUCAAAGUAGCGAAGAGCUAUCGUUCGCCUCGCAAUUAUGUCGAUGUGUUAUUAAAGAGCAACAUCGGGCUUCCAUAAUAUCGCCUUUUUCCCUGUUUUCUUUUAUCAUAUUUUCUGAUUUAAUUUCCAAAUGUAAUUACCUGGAAUACGAACCAAUCAUUUUGGAGGAAAACACUUUACACAUCGAUUAUGAUAUUGAACAAACUUUAGGAAACAUGGAUCUGCUGUGUGAUCUAAUUUCGGACAAUAAUUUAUCCCAUAAAUUAAUUUCCAAUAGUCUUAAGGAUGAAUUUUUUUCCUGUCUGUCGAUUCAUCAUAAUCUAGUCAAAUUGCAACAAUCAACAACAAUUGGUCCUCAAAGUUUAAGAAUAUCAUUUGAAAAUAAUUUAACUUUAGCCCGAUUUCGUAAUUAUUCAAAUCAAUGUCUCCAAUUAAUCAUAGAAAUCGCCAUGGUUAUUUAUUCAUCAUCUUAUCAAGUAUAUAAGAAUUUGGAGAAUCUCCUUUCGCAAGAAUUUGUUUUAACACCUAAAUCAUCAGCUGAUUACGAGAAUGAAAAAAAUAUUCAUCAAAAUUUGUCACCUCAAGUUAUCGAAAUAUUAACUGUCCAGAUAAACUAUUUCCUAAUCAACUACCAUAGACUUGGUCAAUGGCUUCUAUCAACUGGUCCUGAUGAACUUUUGGAGACCAAAUUUUUCAUUCGUAAAGCUCAAAGUGAAGUCAAAGUCCCAAUGGAUUUAGUUCAAAACUUUGUUCAACUCUCAUUAAAAAAUGGCUCACUAAUUAAAAGAGGGGACCAGCUGAUUACCAAUCAGAAUGUAACUCGAGAUCUACUUGAUUCAAUAAUCUCAACCUCAUACAAUAGCUUGGAUAUUAAACUGAUGGCAAAAGAUUCAACAAUCAAACCUAAAUUGUGAAUUUAACUUCCAUACCAAUCUGUUGGAUUUUCUAAAUCAAGACUAAUCAAUUUUCUUCUUAGCAAUUAAAAUGAAUCAUUAAUGAAAAGGUCACAAAUCAAGAUUAACAGUCAUUGUUAAACCAAUUUUGAAUAAUCAACUUACAAGUUUAUAAAGUUUACCAACAAAAUUAAAUUAGUCUUGAAAAGUUUUGAGUCUUUGGAGUUUAAUCAGCAAUAAAUCAAAAGUAAAUUGUUUUUAAUUAAAAGCAACUCCAAUAAGUUUGCAAAAUCCAUUUAUGAUCACCUUAAUUGUUACCAUUGUAAACCUAAAGUUUAAUAAAAUUAAAAAGUUGCUACGAUUAAAUUUCAAACGUCGA